GCACAACCCACCAUACGCGCAGGAGAGAACCACUCUUAUAAAUUCAGAUGCGGCACAAUUUGUGCCUCCGUUACCUGAGUCCCACCCACCACUUGCAUCGCUCUGCUCUCAACGCCGUCGUCUAAUCUCUCCCCAUUGCAAUUCAUCUUUGAAAAAUGGCAGCAAAGUACAUUGUAGGAUCUGUUUUGGGAACCUUUGGGCUUGCGUAUGUUUUUGACACUACUAUAUCUGACAAAAAGAUAUUCGGAGGUAGUACUCCUGGUACCAUUUCAAACAAAAAAUGGGGGGAAGAAACUGACAAGAAGUUACAGGCUUGGCCACGUACUGCAGGACCUCCGGUCGUGAUGAACCCCAUUAGUCGCCAGAAUUUCAUUGUCAAAUCAGGUUCGGAGUAGUGAAAUGUUUUGUCAUAGACUCAUGACUUGAGCUGUUAUUGUUUCUGCUUUGGUGGAAUAUGCAUUAAACUCCCAGAGGCAUUUUUUUGACAAAAUUCCGUUCAGUUACGGGUUCUUUUGCAUUUGAAAUAAGAAUCGCGCACUUGUGCAAAAUGAAAGGUAUAGUUUACCGAUUGCGUGAUCUUGCUUUUUGGGGCAGUUUUCUGUGUACCGAUUGUGUUAAUGGAAGUUAUUUACUGAUUUGAAAUUUCAGGCCAUA